GCCCGGACAAGUUGUUUCAGUAGCUCGUCACUUGGAUGGAUGCUCUGAGCAGGAAGAGGAUGCGAUACAAUGAAAAAAAAAAAAAAGAUACGAUACAAUGCUUUACCACGCCACUGUUUCCAUUGCAGUAACCAACUAUGGCAGGCAGCACCCUUACGUGACAAUGAAUAACUUAGUUGCAUUGAGUCUUGGCUGUCGCCUGAAAGAACCGAGUGUAAACGGGGAUUCCGACAACUUCGAACACCGCAGUGUUAGCACUUCAGCUGCCAUCAGAAAGAACUGAGUGACAUUGUGGAUUCCGACAACUUUGAACGCAGUGGCAGAGCUUCAACUGCCAUCAGAAAGAACCGAGUUGAGUUCGGGGAUUCCUUUGAUUUGAACGCAGCAUUGGCACAGCUUCAGCUGCCGUCAGAAAUAACUGAGUGAGUUCUGAGAUUCCGAGGACUGUGAACGCAGCAGUUGCCAUCAGUCUUCCUCGUGAGCAUCGAUGAAGUUCUCUCAAAGAUGGCGGACUUCCUGCCGUCCCGCUCCGUUUUAUCUGUCUGUUUCCCUAACUGUCUCCUCACAAGCGGAGAGGCAGAGCAGUUACGGAAGUCUAAGGAGAUAGAUAAGUGUCUUGUUCGAGAUAAGACAUACGUUAAAAGGCUAGUUAAAAUCCUCUUACUUGGAGCGGGAGAGAGCGGCAAGUCUACUUUCCUCAAGCAGAUGCGUAUUAUUCAUGGACAGGACUUCGAUCAAAGGGCCAAAGAAGAAUUCAGAGCUACCAUUUAUAGCAAUGUUAUUAAAGGUAUUAGAGUGUUAGUAGAUGCUCGAGAGAAGCUGCACAUCCCAUGGGGCAACUUGUCUAAUCAGCGACAUGGAGAUAUGUUGAUGGCCUUCGACACCAGGUCUAUGAUGGCCCAUGGCCAUGGUCUGGUUCAGCCCAAGGUUUUUCAGCACUACCUACCAUCCAUCCGGGCCCUGUGGACUGACCAGGGAAUCCAGACAGCCUAUGACCGUCGCAGAGAAUUCCAAUUGGGGGAGUCGGUCAGAUAUUUCCUGGACAAUUUGGAAAAGCUCGGACAGUCGGACUACCUCCCCGGCCAACAGGACAUCCUCUUGGCCCGAAAGCCCACCAAGGGUAUCCACGAGUACGACUUUGAGAUCAAGAAUGUGCCUUUUAAAAUGGUGGAUGUCGGCGGUCAGCGUUCCGAGAGGCGACGGUGGUUUGAAUGCUUCGACUCUGUCACUUCCAUCCUUUUUCUUGUCUCCUCCUCUGAAUAUGACCAGGUUUUAAUGGAAGAUCGGCAAACCAAUCGACUGAGCGAGUCCCUCAACAUCUUUGAGACCAUCGUCAACAACCGAGUGUUCACCAACGUUUCCAUCAUCUUGUUCCUGAACAAGACUGACCUGCUGGAGGGUAAGGUGAGGCAGGUAUCCAUCAAAGACUAUUUUCCUGAAUUCUCAGGCGACCCUACAAGCCUGCCGGACGUCCAAACCUUCUUGGUGGAAUGCUUUCGGAAAAAGCGACGGGAGCAGCAGCAAAAGCCACUUUACCACCAUUUCACCACAGCUAUCAAUACUGAGAACAUCCGCCUGGUGUUCCGUGACGUCAAGGACACAAUCCUGCAUGACAACCUCAAGCAGCUAAUGUUGCAGUGAGCGGAACGUCUUGGAGGAAAAUAAGGGGGCAGAGGAUGAGGGAUGAGUGGUGGAGGCAGACAGACUUUGAUGUUAAGAUGUCUUCGUACUGUCCACCAGCAGCCUGCGAGGGGAACAGGCCACCUUCCUUCACCUAUCCACAACUCCCUCCUCGACAGUGACCACCGUGUCUUCUUAUGGACUAUGAAUUAUGAAUGGAAGCCACCACUACUAACGACAAUCCCCACUGCUUUCUAUCUGCCUUACUGAGAGUAUACACUGUGAUUUGUAACAGCUGGCCAACAUGUACCCUUCAAACCACUGGAAUGACCUUUUACCGCCCAGUCCCAACUCUUCCAUGCUUCUAAUUCUCACAGCAUGCUUUUAGUGCAUCGCUGUGACCAACAAGGGAGUCAAACGGGAGACUCGUUUAAACUUGGUGUGGCGUCAGAACUGUCCACAGGUCCCGCCUUUUCAAAAGCACAUCUUCUCUGGUGGCACUCGAUGACAUCACAGGGCUCACCAGAGGCUUUUAGUUGCACAGGAAAAAAGAGGGCUUUCACACACACACACACACACACACACACACACACAUUCAAAUACUGUCCAGUUUACCGUAUUUUCCGAAAUACAAGUUGCUCUGGAGUGUAAGUCGUAAAAGGAAGAAAACGUAGAAGUUGCACUGGACUUAUAAGUAGCAUCUAUUUAUAAAUGGAUUUCACAAGAUUCAAGACCAUGAACAUGCAUUUCAUCAGCAAAGGCAAGUUAUUCAAUUACACAAUAGCACACAGAACCGGCUGAAUAUGUGUCUGCUGUGUAAACGUUAAACGUUAACAGUUAGCCAGCUACACAGUAGCAACCCUAACCUGGGAGGCCGAAUAGGCUAAAUUAACAUAAGUCAGCGAGUCCACAUCACUGGAUCCACUGAAUUGUUCAUAUGUGCUUCUGAAGAACGCCGCCAACUCCGGUGUUCAUUCACAUGCCUUUCAACAAACUUAUGGAAACUGUCGAUCUUGGCUUGGAAGUCUGUUGACAGUUAGUCUGACAGAGAUGGUUGGAUUGCAAGAAGUGGAAACACCAAGAUGGCCCGGCUCCAAAGUCAUAUUUAUUUCCAAGGCAACUAACAAGGCAACUGGGUGUGGAGAAGUAACUGCGCUGUUGACAAGUCUCUCUCGGCAGCACAUUGUUCAUUCACCCAUCUAUGGACUCUUUCCUUCAGCUCUGGCCAUCUUGCUUUCAUCCCACGAUUAGUUUUCUUUGUUUUCUUUAUUGCAGUUAGAAUAACCUUAGCCUUUCAGCAAUCCCUCAGAAGUUUUUGACUCUCUCCAAACGUACUUUCUGCUGCUCAAUUUUGGUUUUUAGCUGCAUAUUUUACUACCUGCAGUUUGGAACUGUCAGAAUAUUUUCUUUUUGGUGCCAUUUUGUUGGUGCUCAGUCUUUCUCAGUUGUCAUUAAGUCAGUAUUUCAGCUCAUUUUUUCACGGUUGCAGGCGCACCGUAUAGGUGUCACAGGCCAAGAGCACCCUUUCGUGGCUGUUGAAGGUAAUGUGCACUCCUUGCUUCAUGUCAGUCAGUAUGAAUAAACAUUUGAAAACAUUUUAAAUUAUAUAGAGGUUCGCAGGACCAGCCAAACUAUGAAAAAUGCGACUUAUAAUUUGGAAAAUACGGUAAAUUUAAUUUCUAAUCAUUUAGUUUCUCUUUCUAACAUGAUAUAUGUAGCAUUGUAUGCUGUGUUAAUCUUAAGUGAUUUACACUUUAAUUAGUAACUACUGUAGACUUUGUUUAUUCAGUUUUACAUGAACUUGUAAAAUUUGAACCAUGCUCCUGUUCUGAUUUGCCGUUGCUCAGGGCCCAAUCACUUAAUUCUGAUUUGAAGCUAUCCCCAUAUCGUAUUCUUCCAUUCUCAUUAGUCCGUUGUCAGCUUCCAUCCUUGCGUAAACAUCAACAUGCCUUAUGUGUGAACCCUGGAUGCAUUCAUAUUGUCUACAUCGAAUGUGCAAACAUGAACCAUGAUGUACAGUGCAGGUUAGCACUCUUGUUUUGACAACUGCAAUGUGCUCAACAUGACUUUUUCUGGGGUGUCUAUACUGGACAAACGUAUAUCGUCUUAACCCUAACCCUUGCCUCUAGUGGUGAAGAAAAAGUGAAAGGCAGUCAAACUGACUAUAUGACUGAAGAUAAAUUGAUGCAACUCGUGUCAGAGCAUGAAUCUGGCAGUUUUUGUGAAAUUGUACCUUUCCAUUUGACAAAAACUCAUCCCAAUCAUCCAAAGGUUGAGUACAACGCAUUUCAAAUACAUUUUUCUCACUGGAAAAAGGAAGAUUGAAUGAUAUCAUAACAGAGUCAAGCUAUCCCAGCCAUAAGACCUUGAUUACCAGUACAGACAAUGUUUUAAGAAACCUUUUUAAUACAUUCCACUUUGAUUUCAUUAUUGAUAUCAACUUUGUUUAAUGCUGAGCAGCCACAACAGAGACAUGUUUACCAAUUCCGUUGCUAUGCUAUCCUCAUGUCGCAAUAAAUUCAAGGUUGUCUGACCAUUGUCAGCCAUUUUUUCUACUUGUGGUAGGGUCUCACUCUCUCAUGCUCUCUCUUGCACACACGCCUUAGAAAGUCAAAGAAAAACAAAGCACAUUUGGAGGUAAUGCAACACAGUUUGGUUUAACUGAAUAAAACGUAAGUUUACACGUUUUGUUACCUUUAGGGUGUUCAAAUGCGGAGAUUCCAUUGGAUUUCAAUUGUAAUGAGAUUGUAUUUGGAGUGGGCUAUGGGCUGCAAUUCAACCCUAACCCUGACAAGACUGAAAAGUUUCAUCUAAUAUUUCACAUCCAAACUGGUCGAGUUAACUGAUCGAUUUUGUCAGUAGCAGCAUAAAACCAAGCAGGGAUUUUAGUGCCUGAAGAUGUUUGUAAACAUUGUGUAUUUAUACUGACAAUCAAGCUCACCUUGUUUGAUACGUUCAGUAUUUAAAAACCUUCUUUUUCUUUGGUCUGAGCACUUCCAUUUCUUACAGAAUAUACAGUGUAGUCUUUAUUUCUAUGCAGUUGGAAACAAAAGGGAUCUGGUAAAAAGAGCAGCUGGUAUAUGCUGAAAUAUACAAGAACACACUUCAUACACUCCUUGUAUAUUUCUGUCCAGUAAUGCUUGUUUCAAAUCUGAUAUAACCUUUCACCCUGUAAAUAUGCUGCUCUGUUUGGCUUAACAUUGUCACCAGGAGGUUAGUUCAUAGGUGCCAGUCACCACAGGUAGAUGAUGAGAGACAAAUUGUUAACACAAGUGCCAAUAACGGUUUGCUUGUUAUUAAUGUUAUAAUUUGAUGUGAUUCUACUGUUUUCUGUUAUACUGUUUUUACUGUUAAAUAACAUUUUGCCUCAGUGUC